GCGGGCGAGCCGGCCGCCUUCGAGCUCUUCUUCCGCCGCUGCCCCUUCCAGGGCGGCUUCGCCCUCUGCGCCGGCCUGGGCGAGUGCCUGGCUUUCCUGCGCGCCUUCCGCUUCGCCCCGGCAGACAUUGAGUAUCUCAAGUCCAUCCUUCCUGCUACCACAGAGAAAGCUUUCUUCGAAUACCUGCGCACUGUGGAUGCGUCUGAAGUUUCCGUCUCCUCUCCUCCUGAGGGCUCCGUGGUUUUCUCCCGGGUGCCUCUGCUCCAGGUGAGGGGGCCUUUGCUGGUGGUGCAGCUUCUGGAAACCACCCUGCUAUGUUUGAUGAACUAUGCCAGCCUUGUGGCUACCAAUGCGGCCAGGUUCCGGCUUGCAGCGGGCCCACACAAGAAACUCAUAGAGCUGGGGCUACGUCGGGCCCAGGGACCGGAUGGGGGCCUCUCGGCAUCCAAGUAUUCAUACCUGGGGGGCUUUGAUUUCACGAGCAACGUGUUAGCCGGGAAACUGUUCGGGAUUCCGGUGCGGGGAACCAUAGCCCAUUCUUUUGUGUCUUCCUUCAACUCGCUGGCCGAGGUGAAACCACGGAACCUGGUCCCUGUUGGAGGUCAGAAGCCCGUUGACUUUCCAGCGUUAGCGGAGACAUGGCUGAGCCGUGUAUGCCAGUUACUCCAGGUCCCGCUUGAUGGGGUGAAUCAAGGAGAGCUGGCCGCCUUCGUGUCCUACGCCAUCACUUUCCCGCAGAACUUCCAAGGCCUUGUUGACACUUACUGCGUUAUGAGGAGCGGGGUCCCGAACUUCUGCGCAGUCGCUCUGGCACUGAACGAGCUGGGAUACAGAGCCGUCGGGAUACGCGUCGACAGCGGGGACCUGGCUAAGCAGUCGGUGGAGAUACGGCACAUCUUCCGACUCUGCGGCAAGCACUUUGAUGUCCCUUGGUUUGAAACGGUCCCCAUCGCCGUGAGCAACGACGUGAGUGAACGGAGCCUCGAGGAGCUGGCCCAGCAGGGGAAUGAGAUCGACAUGAUUGGUGUUGGGACCCACAUCGUGACAUGCCCGCUUCAGCCGUCUCUCGGUUGUGUCUACAAGCUGGUGGAGGUCAACGGCGCUCCAAGACUGAAGGUGACCGAGGACAAGGAGAAGACAACCAUUCCAGGGAGGAAGGUGGUCUACAGACUCUGGAAUGCUGAUGGAUUCCCAUGUAUGGAUCUUAUGGCCCUGGAAGACGAGAGUCCACCCAAGGCUGGGCAGGAAGUGGCGUUCUGGUCCUUAGGAGAGACCGAGGAAGCUGGGACGUUGGUUCCCACGACCGUAGAAAUCUUGCACCGUCCGUAUUUCAAAGACGGACAGGUUUGCCCGUCGCUGCCCAGCCUGGAGGAGAUCAAAGGCCACGUCCAGGCGUCCUUGGGCAAGCUCAGCCCUGCCCAUAAGAGGCUGCGGGACCCGGAGGCGUACCAGGUAGCUGUGACAGAAAAGCUCCACUCCCUUCUCCUUGACCUUCAGAGCAACAGCCGAUGAACAAAAAUCUCCAGGCCGGGAACGGAGGCAUCCCGCCCCCCCCGGGCCAUGCACUGAAUCCUUCCCUCCGCGGCAGCUGCGACAAACAGAACCCCUUGACCUGCCUGAGAUGUGCCAGUUGAAUGUGUGCGUUUUUUUACCCUCUCGUGCCUGACUCAGAAAAAGUUGGGUGGCGAUGAUCUUUUCCUGUUUUAAAACAAGAGAACAAAAUUUCCGAGAGAGGUAAUGUUUUAGAGAUAAUUUUGCAAUAAAUGGACCUAAAUUAUUCUAAUACAAUAGAAAAAUAAAAUGAAUCGUGCUGCUAACCUUUA